AUGGAGAUGAUAUAUUUGCAACGGGUCACUCAAGAUAUACCUUGGGGUUUCCGUCUAUAUGGGGGCAGUGAUUAUGCCCAGCCCCUCAGCGUAUUUAAGGUUAACGCCGGCAGCAUAGCUUCCGGAAAUCUGCAGGCCGGUGACGUCAUACUGACGAUAGCCAAUCAGGAUACGAAAGAGAUGUCACACGCGCAAGCGUUGCAAGAAAUUAAAAAUGCCGGAAAUACUUUACAAACUCGGGAUUUCCAGCAGCACCAAGAUCAGCUGAUCAACGACGUGACGUCACCAUCAUCGUAUCUGCCCGAACCGAUAUCCUUAGAUACUUUUAGCCAAAAACUGAACUUGAACAGUAACAACAACAAAAACAACAACAUCGGCAGCAGCAACGACAGCAACGACAUCAACAACAACUUCAACAACAAUGACGACAACACCACAUCUUCGACCACAGAUGCAUACAACAACUUCAACGCUACUACACCUUCGUGGAGCCAGCAACAGCAGCAGCCAUAUCAACCACUCCCACCACCUCCGCCACAAUCUUUUCAACCAUACCAACCACCACAACCACAGCAACCACCACAGCCUCUUUCGCCACAACAACAAAAAAUUCCCGACGCCCUGCUAAGUUUGGCCGUGAAAGGCGAUUCAAAGAAACCAUUUUCAUACGUAGCUGACAUUAAUGAUAUACAGGCCCAGAGAGAGAAAGUUAAGAGGAAGGGCGUGCCGAAUCAAGCCAUCCCUCGAUACCAGAACUUGCUCUCCAUGCCAAAGUUUGACGACCCACCAAAACAUCGGGGCCCACCUUUGACCUUUAACCCUCAAAUCAGCGGCGGCAGUCCCAACGAGAAGGGUGACGCCGUAGUGGCUAACUUACAGUUCAACAGUCCCAUGAACUUGUACAGCAGCGACAAUGUUAUUGAAUCUUUGAAGGGGCAGACGGGAGCCGAAAUAAAAGAUGUUGUCGGACUGCCACAGAAAUCUCACAGUGACGUAACGCAAUCUCCGGUUUACAAGAUGAUACAUGGAAUCGAUCAGCCCAAACCCAAACCGGCUAUCCAGUAUGCAGAAGCAGACGACCGCGUCCAAGCGUUCAAACCCUCAAAAUACACUGGCAACGCCAUACCAUCAAGAUCAUUCAGAAUGCUGCAGAGUAUGACGUCUGGCGAGAAUAAACUGCCAUCAGCUGCCCUGAAGCAAUCUCUGACAGACACGGAAGACGAUAGCGACAGGCACUUUCCCAGACAACCAACUGGAAACUUUCACUUUCGCGACCUCAACGAACCGACACAACAGCAGCAGCAACAGCAGCAGCAGCAGCAGCAGCAACCACACCAGCAACAACAAGCCCAAGAUUACCCCACCUAUUACAACAACCUGCUGAGAAAUACUAACACAUACACACCCAACUACAAUAGUCCCAAUUAUGCAAAUCCUAAUUACGGGACAACGUAUUCAAACGUACCCCCCCUGUAUGGAAACGUUAGGAGGGGGUCCCUGGAGAGAAGGGAGGGUAGCUCCGAGGUGGACACUUCUUCUAUCUAUCAACACAUCAAAGGAAGAGGUCCCGAAGAGAUGAAUCCCAAAAAGGUGAGAUAUGUUGGCAAGAGCAUACCUUCAAAGAGUUUCAAGUUUCUUCAAAAUAUGACCGGCGGUCCCCAAGAUGGCGAUGCUUUACCAUCCAAGAGACGACAGCCGGUAGCUGAUUCAGACGUUGAACAUUAUACUGGUGAGACUAGGCACUUCAAACCUCCACAACACUACACAGACAUUCGUCUAAUACUCAAUCGAGAUUAUCAUUCUUGCUUGGAGAACAUGUUUGAUGAAUGCAUGCACGUGAAAAAAGAAUAA